UUUUUUGAGCAGUCAGCUGCUUCACAUCACAACAAACAUGGUGGCGGGAGAGCAGACGCCGAAUGUCCGGUAAAACAUCCGGUAAAAUACCCGGUAAAACACGCUUAAUUUGCAGGUUUUUACUCUCUGAAAGAUACGCUUCGGUGUCAGGAUGGAUUCUGCGCCGUUUUCAGAGGAGCUGUCAGAGAGGAAAGUGUGUGUCGUGGGCUCGGAGCUAGUGGAAAACUACACGGUUUACAUCAUCGACGUCACGGACGGAAAGCACCGAUGGACAGUCAAACAUCGCUACAGCGACUUCCACGACCUCCAUGAGAAGCUGGCGGCGGAGAAGAAGGUCGACCGCCGGCUUUUACCCCCCAAGAAGAUUCUGGGGAAGAACUCCAAGAGUCUGGUGGAGCGCCGGCAGAAGGAGCUGGAGCUUUACCUGCAGACGCUGCUGCUACAGUUCCCUCAGGCCACGCCCACAGCGCUCGCCUGCUUCCUGCACUUCCACCUCUAUGAGAUCAACGGGAUCACAGCAGCUCUGGCUGAAGAGUUGUUCCAUAAAGGUGAGCAGCUGCUGCAGGCCGGGGAGGUCUUCUGUCUCCGUCCUCUGCAGCUCUACUCCGUCUCCCAGCAGCUCCGUCUGGCCAAACCCACCUGCUGCAACGGAGACGCCCGGACCGACCUGGGACACAUCCUGGACUUCACUUGCAGACUGCGCUACCUCAAGAUCUGCGGCUCCAGAGGUCCGGUGGGGAGCAGUGACAUCCAGGAGAGCAGCCUCCCCUUUGACUUGUCCGUCUUCAAGUCCCUGCUGCAGAUCCAGAUCAGUGACUGCAGCUCGGAGCAGAUUGAAGGUUUGUCGACUCUCAGGACGAGUUUGGAGACGAUGAACGUCCACCAGAGUACACAAUCCAUGAUGUCAGUUCUGGUCCCAGAGGCGGCGGAGUUCCCCCAGUGGGAACCUGAGGGGGUGGAGUCUGUGUGUCCUGUCACGGCAUUGGUGCCGGUGUGGUGUCAGCUGACCACCCUGGACCUGAGUCACAAUGACAUCAGCUGCAUAGACAACUCUGUGAGGUUGAUUCCAAAGGUAGAGUUCCUGGAUCUGAGCUCCAAUCAGCUGUCCUCAGUGGAGAACCUGCAGCACCUGUACAACCUGGUCCACGUGGAUCUGUCCUACAACAACCUGCAGGUUCUGGAAGCUGCUCACACCCGUCUGGGGAACAUUAAGACCCUGAACCUGGCUGGAAACCAGCUGCAGAACCUCAGUGGACUCUCCAAGCUCUACUCUCUGGUCAACCUGGACCUCAGCCACAACCAGCUGGACCAGCUGGAGGAGAUCAGGAACAUUGGUUCUCUGCCCUGCCUGGAGAAGCUCAGCCUGGCCGGGAACCCCAUGUGCAUCAUCCCCGACUACAGAACCAAAGUCCUGGCCCAGUUUGGAGACCGAGCAGCUGAGGUGUGUCUGGACAGCAGAGUGACCACAGAGAAGGAGCUGGACACCGUGGAGGUUCUCAAAGCCAUCCAGAAGGCCAAAGAGGUCAAAGACCGGAUGAGCAGCGGAGACAAGAAGAUCAGUGAGGACACCAGACCUCCUGCUGCUCCUGUCCUCUGCUCCUCCUCUUCCUCUCUGUCCUCCUCUGCUCCUCCUGCCUCCUCCUCCUCCUCCUGUCCGGCCCAGCAGGCUUCCAGCCAAGAAGUGACCAGCCCAGAAGAAGCCGGCCCCCCCGCUGUUCUCCCCCCUGUAGACGCUACAACCCCCCCUGCUAGCUUCAACGCCCCCCACCUGUCUGCUGGCCCCGCCCAGGUCCAGCAGUCGUCCAUCAGUCUGUCUGAACUCUGUGGAGCUUCCACUGAUGUUCCUGCUGCUGAUAUCACAGUCUGCUCUACCUGCUACUCCUCCAUCACCUGUUCCUCCUGCAGCGCCCCCUGGUGUCCGCUGCUUCCUGCUCACCUGCUGCCGCUCUCCGCCUCCAACCAGGACUUCGUUACCCAGCUGUCCCAGCGGCUCGGCUCCGCCCACAGGAAGCAGAGGCUGGAGGGGGAGGUGGAGGAGGAGAAGCCUGGAUCUGGAGAGCUUCUUCAGUCUGCUGGGGAUAGAACGGAGGUGGACGGUCUCAGCCCCGGCUCCAGGGACGGCUACUUUGAGAUGGGUCUGGGCGACUCUCUGGAGGAGGUGUUCUGCUCCUCCUCCAUCGGCCUGCAGGUGGCGCCCAGCGAGGAGCAGCAGCAGCAGCAGCAGGAGGAAGAGGAGGAGGAAGAGGAGGAGGAGGAGGAGGAGGUGAGGGUCAGCAGGGUUCUGUGGUGCUGCUGUGUUCUGGUGGAACAUCAGGAGGAGCUGAAGCAGAGGGAGGCCUGUCUGGUUCUGACCCACCACCUGCUGGGUCUGCUCUUCCUGUCACCUGACUCCACGGGGACCAAUCAGGACGCAGACCAGAACCAGAGCGGGUCCAUGGAGGAGGUUCUGUCCAGGCUUCAGGUGGACCUCCUGGUUCCAUACUCUCAGCUCCAGCUCUCCUCUCCAGACCAGCUUCCAGACUCCUGUCUGGGCUUCGGGCUCCGAGCCGGGCCGACCCAUUGGUACAUCUUCUCUGAGGCCCAGCAGCUCCGGCAGACCAGAACCGAGCUGACAGCACUGAUCCAGGUCCAGACCGUAGAGGUCCGGUCCGACCCGGAGCUCCCUCUGCUGAUCCCUCCUUCCCUGAUGAGCUCCUGGGAGCUGGAGGAGAGUCGUGGAGCUCAGGGAGGGUUUGCCGCCCACCUGCUCACCUCCUCGGCCCCCGACGCUCACCUGGCCCUACCCCGGGUCUCACCUGGAGAGCCGCCGGUCCUCCUCUUCCUGACCCGCCGACACCUGUGGGUUCUAGAGAUGGACCUGAGGCAGCUGGCAGAGAAGGAGAGGAGCGGCUCGGACCCGGGUCAGGCCUCCUGGUGCCGACUGGUCCGGCUGCCCCUCGGUUCUGUGGUUCUUCACCCCUCAGAGAGAGAAACCCAGCUCAGAACCAGGACCUGCCCUGACCCACAACACCUGCACAGGAGGCGCCACUGUGUGGAUCUGCUGCUGGCUGAUCAGAGGCUGCUGCUGCUCUUCCCCAUGGCCCAGGACCAGAGCUCCUUCCUGGGGGAGCUGAGCCAGAGGAGAGCCUCUCUGGAGGGGCUGAAGUUGGUGGCUCUGCCCCAACCCUGCAGGAGCUGCCACCCUCACCUGUCGGCAGGACGAUACAGAUGUUGUUCCAGCAGCAGGAGGUCCAACAGCUGCAGCAGCUGGAACUCCUCCCGUCCCCAUGUGGAGGAGAACCAUCCGUCCCCCCACCUCCUGCCGGGUCUCUCCCCAGGACUGAAGCUCCUGGCCGGGCUGGGCGGGCAACAGCUGCUCGGCUACUUCCACAGAUUCAUCGCUCUGUCUGAGUCAGAGGAUCUGAAGCAGGUUCUGUGGCUGUCGGUGGUUCUUUAUAAAUCUCCAGAAGCUGAACUCACCUGCUGCCUUCUGCUGUCCACCGACCACAUCUACUUCCUGCUGGAAGACUCCGCCUCCACGCUGACGCAUCACUCAGUCCUGGAGGUCUCUGAUGCUGGAGAUCCAGACUCCAUCCUGGUCUGCUGUCUGUCCAUCAGUCUGUCUGAGCUGCUGGCGGUGAACGUGGGUCUGUUCGACCAGUACUUCAGAGUUGUAGGUAGAUCAGCUGAUCACAUCGUCUGCUGCCUCAGCAGGGACAGUUACGGAACCGGAGUCUUCCUGCAGGAGCUGAUGGCAGCACUGAGCCUCCAGCAGCAGCUUCCUCCUCCAGAGCCCUCCGACCAGGACUUCUACUCCCAGUUCACCCACACCUGCUCAGGUAAGAUGCAGAACUACGAGCUGGUCCACAGCAGCCAGGUGAAGUUCAUCUACCCCAGCGAGGAGGAGAUGGGAGACCUGACCUUCAUCGUAGCAGAGAGGAAGACUCCGGCCAGCUGCUCCAGAUCCUUCAAUGUCCUGCUCUACCUGCUGGUGUUCCAGGUUCAGGUUCCGUCCAGUCAGAGUUCUGGUCCAUCUGCUGUCCUCCAGCCCAGAACUCUGAUCCUCACCAGCACCGACGUCUUCCUGCUGGACGAGGACUACGUCAGCUACCCGCUGCCAGACUUCGCCAAAGAGCCUCCAUCCAGGGAGCGCUACCAGCUGCGUGAGGCCCGGCGGAUCCGGGACCUGGACCGAGUACUGCUGGGGUACCAGACCUACCCUCAGGCUCUGACGCUGGUGUUUGACGACCUGCCCGGACCCGACCUGCUCUGCCACCUCACCAUGGACCACUUUGCCGCCGGCGGGGAGGAGGCUCUGCCCAGAGGGGGCGGGGCCAGCAGGGGCGCAGAGGGUGAGGUCCAAUGGUGCGUCUUCGUGCCUGGAGCCGACAGCAGAGAGAGGCUGAUCUCACUGCUGGCCCGCCAGUGGGAGGCGCAGUGCAGCCGCGAGCUGCCCGUGGAGCUCACCGGCUGAUUGGCCGGUUGGAGAGUCAUGUGACGGAACCUGGAGUCAGGGUUGGUUGGUUUAAACUGUCACAUGUUCUCCAGGUGUUUCUGUUUCACCUGCAGCUCCACAGCAAGUUCAUGUGUCCAGAACCAAGAAGGUUUGAACUAAAGUGUCCUCAGAACAUCUGGACAACGUCCACCAGGAAGCUGUGUCCUCAACAUCUGGUGGUUUUUACACUCUGCUGAAAAAUCACAACAUGGUGACCAGAGGAGGAGGAGACCAGACAGCAGCUACACAAAAUAACUGAAACUACACUUAGAACUACCCGAAAGACACAAAACGACUACAGAGAGACACAAAGAGACACAAAACACCCACAAAGAGACACACAACGUCCACAAAGAGACACACAACGACCACAAAGAGACACACAACGUCCACAAAGAGACACACAACGUCCACAAAGAGACACACAACGUCCACAAAGAGACACACAACGUCCACAAAGAGACACACAACGACCACAAAGAGACACACAACGACCACAAAGAGACACACAACGUCCACAAAGAGACACACAACGUCCACAAAGAGACACACAACGUCCACAAAGAGACACACAACGACCACAAAGAGACACACAACGCCCACAAAGAGACACACAACGACCACAAAGAGACACACAACGACCACAAAGAGACACACAACGUCCACAAAGAGACACACAACGCCCACAAAGAGACACACAACGACCACAAAGAGACACACAACGACCACAAAGAGACACACAACGUCCACAAAGAGACACACAACGUCCACAAAGAGACACACAACGUCCACAAAGAGACACACAACGUCCACAAAGAGACACACAACGACCACAAAGAGACACACAACGACCACAAAGAGACACACAACGUCCACAAAGAGACACACAACGCCCACAAAGAGACACACAACGACCACAAAGAGACACACAACGACCACAAAGAGACACACAACGACCACAAAGAGACACAACAGCCACAAAAACACCUUUUUUGUUCUCUGUGGUGGAAGUCUUUGUCAUGGUGCCCGUUGUAGCUAAACUCCCACAAUGCUCUCUGCUUUAAACUCCUCUGGUCUCUACAGGAUUAAACAGGAAGAGGCUCCACCUGGUGGAACAACCAGGAACUACAGCUGAUAUCAGGACCUUCUUCUGACUAAGUAACAUGUUUUUAAUGGGUUACCUUCUAACAGAACUGAUUCCUUUCCUACUGCACUGUUCCAAUGAGCACACCUGAACAGAACUUUAUAAAAACAGAACUGAUCCAAUGGUUUUAUUGGAAACAUCCUGAGGCCUUUAGUCGACCUUCUAAAGACCACUUCAUAGUUCUACUGAAACAUCGUUCUGCUGAUAUGGAGGUUCCUGAAAGGCUGUGACUUUUCUCUUUAGGGUGAACAGAACACAGGAUAUCUGGAGAAUUUAGAAAUUCCCACUCCUCCACAGUCCUCCAGAGAGACAACGAUGAUGAUGGAGAACCUCCCCUAAAUUCCUCAGAACCACUUGUUUAGAAGUCGGUGAGUUUCAAGUGUGGAUCUUCCAUCUGGACCCUCCUGGACCUGGGUAGAUGAUGGCGUCCUGAUUACACUCAUGGACCUUCUUGGACCUGGGUAGAUGAUGGCGUCCUGAUUACACUCAUGGACCUUCUUGGACCUGGGUAGAUGAUGGCGUCCUGAUUACACUCAUGGACCUUCUUGGACGUGGAUAGAUGAUGGCGUCGUGCAUCCAGGUAGAAAUCAUGACUUUACAAAAUGGCAGGAAUCAGGCUCCACCCACAGGUUGUGUCUACUGAAGACACUGGACCUUCUUGUGAACAAGCUCCUCACAUGGAGCAGAUGUUCUGUUUGCUAGCAGCCAGACUGGUGCUGACCAGCAGAGGGUGCUGCAGUUCGUCUACAGGGUUCUACUAGAUCUAAAUCAACGUUACCUUCAAGAAACGGCUCUGGAGAAACCUUCCUCGGAUCAGUUUCACCUCCAGACAACGCGUCGCUGUUACCCUAGCUUAGCACAAACACUGGGAGCAGAGUGAAAGUGUUAGCCUCUGUAUCUUUAAGUGUCUCCAAAGUUUUUUUUUGAUUUAUUUGCUGUUAUUUAUAUGAAGUUGCUUUAAUACCAAAAAUCUCUGGUGAGGAAACCCAACCAGAACACCUUAUUUCUCGCACAUUGUACCCAAUGGAGCAGUAUUAUUAUUAUUAUUAUUAUUAUUAUUAUUAUUAUUAUCAUUAUUAGCGACUGUAUAUUGAAGCUUUUUAUUAUUAUGAUAUUAAUAUAAUAGUUCCUUCUGGACAGACGGAUGAUUUCCAUCCUGGAGCUGAUUUUCUACUAAACAUCUUGAUAAUGUUUCUGAAGUAUCACAUCUAGUAUUAUCAUGGAGCGUUUAUCUUUUUUAUAUUUUCUUUAUUUUAUCCAGUUUUUCGUACGUUGUUGUUGACAUGAGGCCGGUCCGUUCUCCACCUCUGUUUUGUACGUCAUGUUAAAGGGGAAUGCCACUGAAUUAAAGUGAAAAUAAAACCUCUA